AAAUAAUUGAGUCAUAUUUACAUUUCUAUCUAAUGGAAAUCUUAACUUCAUUAGACUAACGAUUUUAUCCUCUUUGCACUGAUCCAGCAAAUAUCUUGUUUGGAAUGAUAAUUUGUCACUUGAUUUUGUAGGGAAAUGUAGAUUAAAAUAUUCAGUGUUUUAAGAUAGUCGAAUUGUUACUCAUAAUAGAUAUUUGUUUAUUGGAUUGCAUGUCUGUUAUCAGUUGAUUUAAAUUUUAGAAUGAAACUUCAAGAUUUUCAGUGUUCCAAAUGCAGUCAUCCUGCUCAUAUUCCAUUUUCAGUUGAAUGGUCUGAUGAUGAUUGUAUUGCUUUAGCUACAGAGAAAGGAGCAUACAUAACGGGUGGAGGCUGGACGAGGAGAUCUCUUAUCAUAAUGCAAGUUAUAAUCAUAAUGAUGCUUUUGGGGAUAGCGGAAUGUGGCAAUAUGACCAGUGCUGUUUUUGGUGACAGAACUCAUGUGUUCCCUGCUGCUUUUGGAGACUUUAACUCUGACGAAUAUCCUGAUCUGUUUGUGAUUGACAAAAAUCGCAAAAGUAUCGAAAUCCUCCUCGGAGCAGAUGUUGAACCGUUCCUCAGGGCCAGUAAGAACUUGAGGUGUGAGUUUGAUUUAACUGUUACAAGUAUAGUCCCUGGUGAUUUUGAUGGAGAUGCCUUGAUGGAUGUUCUUGUAACGCUUCAUGAAGGUGAAAAACUUAGUUCAGUUUUUAUUUUAUGGGGUAACGGUGGAGAGACGUUGGAUUGUUCUCAGAAAAAAGAGCUGUUCAAACUGACAGGACAACCUCUUGCUAUGGAUUAUAACCAAGACAUGAUAAUAGAUCUCUUUGGCAGCAGUGCUGAGAAUACCAGGAUGUUUUGGGUCUUCAAGAAUAAAUCCACCCCAACUGGCAUACCAAUGUUGAUGGAUCAAAACAGGCUUUAUCCUGAAUUAAGAAUUCCGCAUUCGCAUGCGUUCCUCGAUAUGAACGGUGACUCUGCUGCAGAUCUUGUCGUGACCACGAAGGAUGGCUUUGAGGUUUGGGUUUGGAACAAGGAACAUGGAAAUUUUGAAUUUGAUCCCAAAACCAACAAGGCUUUUCCACCAGACGCUGCCCAUGUUGGACAGUCAUUAUUUCUGGAUAUCGAACUGAAAGGUAAUAUGAACCACCUGCUACCCGUAUGCAAGAACAAGGAUUGUUCGCAGAGUACAAUUUAUGUCAACUCUUCAGGAAAGUGGCUCGACUUAAAACCUACCUUUUUUCAAGAGACUGUUCUCUGGGGAUUCGUUCCUCCUCAUCCCCAUGAAAUGUUCCUUGAAGCAAUUACCCUCCACGGUGGUGACUUUAACAUGGAUGGCUAUCCAGAUCUCCUUGCCACAUUACAGCACAAUAAUAUAAGGAAAACCUUCCUCCUGGAAAACGUGGAAUGUAAAACAAGCUGUAACGAAUUCUCAAGAACUUUUGUUGUCAAUUGGCAAGCUCUGGAUCCGUAUAAUAACAACACAAUCAUGGGAGUGUUUUAUGACUUUAUGCAAGAUGGUAUUUUGGAUAUAAUUUUCGUUCACGACAAACCCGACAGAAGAGUUUCUGCAUUCAAAAACAACCUGGACUAUGAUGCAAACUUUGUUAAGGUGAUGGUUAUAACUGGAAUAAAAGACAAAAAACAGCCGGUUAUCCCAGGACCUUUGGGAGGACGCAAGAACCGAACAUACGGAACUAAUUUGCCUGGACCUCAAAUCUCUUACGAAACGACGACUACAGAAGGAAAUUGUAGAGCUGCAGUUGCCGCACAAUUACCGCAAUCAGCUUACUUCUGCCUCCAUCUGCCAUACACUCUUUUUGGUCUCGGUAGGACGCCUAACUUCAUUGAUAACCUCAUUGUCGGAGUAUCGGGUGAAAAGAGGACUUGGCCCCAGAUCAUCCCUAACUCUCAGAUGGUCGUCAUCCCACGACCUAAGAAUCACCCCGAGAAGUGGACCGCACGACUGUUCGUCACACCGAGCAAGCUUAUUGUACAGAGCUUCAUUGCAUUGCUCGCCACUUGUUUAUUCAUCUCGCUUAUCAUUGCCGUACUUUAUUGGAAGGAGCGAAGGGAGGACAAUUACGAAAGGUUUCAUUUUCUUCAUUAAAUUCUGGAAGGUCAAUGAUAAAAAAUUAAAUUUUGUGAUUUAAUUAAUUACAUAAAGCUUUUUAAAAUAGAUUGUUAUAAAACAGAAAACUCCUUUUCAUUUGUUUUAUAACAUUUUAUAAGAUUAUAAUGUAUAUCAUUUUCUUUAAUAAUAAUAAUAGUUCUUAAGUUUGAUUAGAUUUUCUUUAUGCCUUAUUGAGCUAUAGAUGAGUUUAAUCCAUGGCUGUAGAAUUCUAUUGUACUGAAUGUUUUAGUUCAUAAUGAAAUAAGUUAGUUAUUAUCAUAUUUUCAAAGAACUAAAUUUAAUUCUUACAGUUAUUUGGUUUCUGAGAAUUUACCUCACUGAAUAAAAUAAAUUUAUUAUUUGUAAGAUGUAAGUGUAAAAACUAAAAUCUAUUUAUUAGGUAUAUUAUUAUAAGACACUUUUAGUUUUUAAAAAAUUGUUAAGAAUUUUUAGAAUUUUUCCCCCUCACCUGGGAGAGACCAUUUCUAUUGUGAUAUAUUUAUUAUGAUAACAUAAAAUAUUUUUGAGUCUUGUUUUAUUAUAAAUGAUGUAAAUAUUGCUUAUUUAUAGGUUAUCUUCCAAGCAUUGUAAAUAAAAUAAAAAUAAUUUUAUAACAGUCAUGUUUAUUGCCUAUAUUAUUUUUUUUCUAAUUAUAAAUGUAAUACUCUGGUACCAAUGUGUGAUAAUUGUAUUUAUUAAUCGUUCGGCGAUGUGAGGGAGGUCUACCUGACCUAGAAAAG